GUAAACAUGGCUGAGAAAAAGGACUUUGUUGAUGAAAUAAAUAAAGUGUUGGCAAAGUCUGAAGGGUUUACCCUGAAGGACCUGCUGUUCUCCUACCAGGGGACUCCUUAUCCCGUCACAGCAUGCAGUGCAGAAACGUUCCAAGCCCUGGAGAAUUUAGAAGCCAGAAGAGAUGAUCUGGUGUUGGUGUCUUACCCCAAAUGCGGUGUGAACUGGCUUAUCCAGAUUUUAAAUGAUCUGAUAUUUACAACGACCCAGAGUAAACAUGUAAGCGCAGAACUGCCAUUUAUUGAAUGUGGAGAUCCAGAUAAAUACCAGAGGAUAAAGCAGAUUCCAUCUCCAAGGAUUUUGGCAACACAUCUGAAUUAUGAUUGCCUCCCCAAGUCUAUUUUCAAGAACAAAGCCAAGAUACUAGUGUUGUUUCGAAACCCUAAAGAUACAGCUGUUUCAUUUUUCCAUUUCCACAACAAUGCACCAAGCGUCCCCAGUUACAGCUCCUGGGAUGAGUUCUUCUCCGAGUUCAUGAAUGGGAAAGUCGGCUGGGGAUCCUAUUUUGACCAUGCAGUCACCUGGAAUAAACAUAUUGAGGAUGAAAAUAUUAUGGUUGUAAUAUAUGAAGACCUGAAAGAGAAUCUGACUUCCAGUGUAAAGCAGAUAGCUGAAUUCUUUGGACUCUUCUCAACAGCUGAGCAGAUUCAGUCUGUUGCGGACAGGGCCACUUUCCAGGCGGUGAAGGAUAAGGCUCAGGAGACGCAUGGUGCUGUUGGCUCAAUUCUCUUCCGAAAAGGUGUUGUUGGGGACUGGAAAAAUCUUUUCACUGAAACUCAGAACCAGGAAAUGGAUGCCAAAUUCAAAGUGUGCUUAGGAGGAACUAAGCUGGGAGCAAUGUUAAAAUAUGAUGUAUACUGCAAGGUCUGA